AUGAGCGAUGGUAAUAUGGAGGUCGACGAAUCAUCGGUUUCAUUGAAAGCAAAGUCCUUGGAGUCAUUAGUCGAUGGUUCUUUCUCGAAGACCCUCUCGAAGCUCUCUUCGUCGUCUCGUGUGAUUCCAUCAAGUAAAGAUUUUCACUUUUACAACAACUUCGACGAAUUCAAGCAACCCAUCGGCGAAAUAGCUGGAACCUCUCAGUCAGCUCUCGAGACGAUCGGUGAUUCAGAGCAAGUUUGGGGGAAAUCGAUGAAAUUCCCUGGAGAUAUCGAAGAAGACGACGCAGAUGACUGGCUUUGCAAUGUGAACGAUGAGUUUCUCGAGAGAUUUGAUGUCUCUGUUGACGAGUUUCAGAGGCUGAGGAAGAAAGAAGAGGAGAUUGGUCGGCCGUUGGCCUCUGUUUCUGAUUGUGACGAGAAUGGGUUUCAAAUGGUUUAUGGGAGGAAGAAGAAACCGGUCAGUAAUGUGAUUGGUGGCUCUGUUGGGAACGGUGGUUCCUUGAUUGAUGUUAAGGUGGCUGAGAGAGAUAAGAACUCAUCAUCCGGUAAGGCUAAAGUUCCUUUCCAUGUACCAACCAUAAAGAAGCCUCAAGAGGAGUUUAAUAUAUUGGUGAACAAUGUGAAUCAACCGUUUGAGCAUGUUUGGUUGGAGAGGAGUGAAGAUAAUCUGAGGGUUGUGCAUCCACUGGAGAAACUCUCAGUGACUGACUUCGUUGACAAAGAUGUAAACGAGAUGGAACCUGUUAAGCCCCUCCCAUUGGAAGAGACUCCAUUCAAGCUCGUUCAAGAAGUGAAAGAUCUGAAAGAAUUAGCUACUAAGUUGCGUAGUGUUGAAGAGUUUGCGGUUGAUAUGGAGCAUAACCAGUAUCGAUCUUUUCAAGGGUUGACAUGCUUGAUGCAAAUUUCCACCAGGACAGAGGAUUAUAUUAUCGAUACAUUCAAGCUUCGAGUUCACAUUGGUCCUUACCUUAGGGAGAUCUUCAAAGACCCUAAAAAGAAAAAGGUAAUGCAUGGAGCAGAUCGAGAUAUUCUUUGGCUUCAACGGGACUUUGGCAUAUAUGUCUGCAAUCUCUUCGACACCGGACAGGCCUCAAGGGUGCUUAACUUGGAGAGAAACAGCCUAGAGUUUCUUUUGCAGCAUUAUUGUGGAGUUACUGCAAAUAAAGAAUACCAAAAUGCAGACUGGAGAGUAAGACCCCUUCCAGCGGAAAUGACAAGAUAUGCAAGAGAAGAUACCCACUAUCUAUUGUACAUAUAUGAUGUACUCAAAUUAGAACUGCAAGGAAUGGCAAAGGAUAAUGAGAAUACUGACUCUCCUCUGCUUGAGGUCUACAAGCGCAGUUAUGAGGUGUGCACACAAUUAUACGAGAAAGAGCUUUUGACUGAGAAUUCAUACCUUCACGUAUAUGGGCUUCAAGCAGCGGGCUUCAAGGCAGCUCAACUUGCCAUUGUUGCGGGGCUUUGUGAAUGGCGGGAUUACAUUGCACGUGCGGAGGAUGAGAGCACUGGUUAUGUAUUGCCAAACAAAGUUCUUCUUGAAAUAGCCAAGGAGAUGCCUGUCAGUGUUAACAAAUUGCGUCGGAUGUUGAAGUCAAAGCAUCCUUAUAUCGAGCGUAAUGUUGAUUCAGUGGUUAGUGUCAUCAGGCAAUCAAUGCAAAAUUGUGCAGCAUUUGAGUCUGCUGCUCAAUCUUUAAGAGAAGGGGCUUCUGUAACGGUAAUGGAUAAGGAUACUGAACCUACUACUACUGAGGGGAAAGACAGUAAUCACCACACAGCCUACGUAGCUUCUCCGAGUUUGAAGGAAAAUUCUUUGGGACUUGAGAAUAAGAUCACAGGGCCAAUCACGGUUGCAGCAGAUACUAAUGAAAGGAGAGGUUUAGGCACAGGCUUCUUUGGUUCAGUUAAGGUUUCUGCGCCUGUUGUAAUCUCUAAGAAACCAAGCAGUGGUUUAGGAGCAUUACUGGGAAGUGGAGCCUCAAAGAAAAAGUCUCGAACUGAUAAGAUGGAGAAGGAAGAGGUGAAGCUUGAACAGAUAAGGUCAUCUGUAAACCUCGCAUUCCCUUCUUUUACCGACAAAGGUUCUGACUCAAAGUCAGCUAUGAAGGUUCAUGAAGAGAUCCCCACUGCUAUGCCAUCCUCUGUUUCCAAGCAAGAUGGUGUGACAGAGUUGAAAGAUGAUUCAGAAGAAACUUCUGGUAGAAAUUCAGAAUCCAAAGUAUCUGGUUUUGGGACAGAAGAUGUUAUACUGUUAGACAGUGCUGAUGGGAAAGAAGCUGAUGCGGAAGAUGAACCAAUGUCGCUCUCAGAAUUGUCAACAAACUUUCAGAAGUGCUUUAACUCCAUGAAUAAGAGCAACAACAAGGCCCAGAAGCCGGAGUUUUUGAACAUAGAGCCGUUUGAUUAUGAAGCUGCAAGGAAAGAGGUGAAAUUUGGGGAUGGACAAAAGGGAAGACAGGGAGGGAAAAGAGAAGGUUCAGCAGCAGGAGGUAAGAAGAAAGGGCCUGCUCCGGAGGAUUCGGAGUUUGGGCAAGGAAAACGGCGUCAAGCCUUUCCGGCUUCCGGGAACCGAAGUGCAACCUUCAAGAGUUAA